AGUGUUGACUGCUGCCCACUAGUGUAUAUCGUUUUCAGAAUUACAGUUGAAGAUAAACAUAACAAAAAUGUGUAAUGUCAUAUCAUGGUUCAUAUUCUGGAUGUUUUUAUUUACGUGUGCUGAUGGUUCCGUUACCAUAAGUUCAUCAGCAGCGACUGUUCCGGAGGGGUCAUCACUGACAUUAACAUGCACGUACACUGGAAUUAAUCAGCUGUCUGUAAUAAGAUGGAUAAACAAUGGCAAUAAUUCGACACGAAAAUACGAAAUAACAAUCCAACCAAAAGAACCAUGUUCAAUAUUUGUGACUGGUCUCGACGAAACUCUCUUCACCUACACCUGUAACACGCUGACUAUUUUAAAUGUAACACGGAAUUAUCAUAACGACAACUUUACAUGUCAAGCAAAUGCGAAUAUAAACAGUGGCAAUAGUUUUGUCGUCAGUGUUGCAGUGCCAAUAUCAACAGUAGUCUUGACAUCACCGACAGAUUCAAAUGCCACUGUCAACGCGGGCUCAUCGAUAAAUUUCACGUGUCGUACAUCUGGGGGUCUUCCACAACCAAUAGUGGAGUGGUAUAAGACGUCUAAUAGCAGCUGCACCAGGAAUGGCUUCAAGAUAAUGAAUUCCAUACCCAGUUCACCGUCUGAAAUCAAUGGUCUUAUACAGGUGGAAAGUUCACUGUUAUUCACAGCAUCCAGUUUGGACAAUAAUCUCUGGAUUUGCUGCGCGGCAAGUAAUAUCAACUCUCAGUGGAAACUGUCAGGAACGAAGCUUCUAGACGUAAGAUAUCCUCCACCUUAUCCGCCAGUGAUUGACGACUUCAACACAAUAACAGAUUACCAGAUGAUAGAGAAUAGCACCGAACGCCUUACAUGUAGAAGUACUGGCGGUAAUCCUCUUGCCAGCCUUGCGUGGAGUUGUUACAAUGGCAUCGAGUCAAACCCUAACGUUAGCGGCGGUUCAAUCAGUCGUUCUGUACAGUUCACAGCGCGGCGUAACCAAGACAACACGUGCACGUGUACUGCCACGCAUGAGGCGGGACCGUUGCAACAGGCUACAAUGGACGUCAAUAUUAUGUAUCCCCCUUCAAAACCGGAAUUCAAAGUGGACGGUACACCAGUUGGCGUCGCGAUUAGCAUAAUUAAAGACAGUGAUCAGACGGUGACGUGUCACAGUUUUGGAAAACCUAAUCCAUCUACAAACGAUUUCACAUGGACAAAAGGAAGUGUCAUUGUUAGUUCCAACUCGGUUUUAAGCUGGACCGGCGGAAUCCGAAUUCAGGAUGGAGGCAGUUACAAAUGUACCGUUACAACAACGAUGACACCAUCGAAUACCAGCAAAACUCCAGUUACAACAGAGGUAUCUUCUGACGUCACCAUGAAUGUACUAUACGCCCCGUCCACACCAGAAAUACGAAUGAACACUUUGAGUGGGGACGUGAUAACGGACCAGAUCACGGUUGUGAUUAACAGGCAGUUUGAGUUGGCGUGCAAGGCGGCAGCACAUCCAGCCGCAAAUUACAGUUGGACAGGCGGCUCCAGAACAGAUCACUCACAUAUUCUACAGGAUACCAUUACAACAAAGACAAACACGUCAAGGACAUGUACAGCCCAUAAUGUGCUGAAACCGUCCGUCGGAAUUGAGCAGACCCCAUCCUCGUCAGCUUCUAUAGCCGUGUAUAUAAAUUAUCCACCCGAGUCUCUCACUGUGCGGCACACAACAGAAAAUGGUAACAUGGUUUUAUCCAAAUAUAACAUCAUGGAAAGCGCAAACUUGAAGCUAUUUUGCAAUAGUGAAAGCAACCCAUCAUCAUCAUUUUCCUGGACAGGAUCAAACAUAUUGCAGACUGGAAGUGUUCUUCACCGCAGUAAUAUAAGCAGAUCGGAGAAGGGUCAUUUGUCGUGUACGGCUAGAAAUACAAUGACGCAUAUGGACCAGCUUGUAGAAGGAUUGUCGUCUGCAAAUAUAACUCUCAACAUUCUCUAUUCGCCACGGUUGCAUCAACUGUCCCGGCUUAACGCCCUGGAAGGUGAAAACAUAACUCUGAAAUGUGAAUACGAGCCAGGUAACCCUACAGAAACAACAGUCUUAAUUGCUCGGUUACACGACCGAAUUACCUGGACCGAUGGAACACAUUUCAUUCCAUCGCUGAAGAGAACCGAUGCCGGUAUGUACAAUUGCACAGUUCGUAACAUCAUGCAGCCAACGGGACAACUGAAUGAAAUCGUUGGAGAGGAUACAGGAAUUUUUCAGGUUAACGUAUGGUACAAAACUUCUGUGUCCAAGUUUGGUUUAACCAGUCAUCCCGACGCGAAUAAUGUUACUGUUGAUGAAAACGCAACUCUUAACUUCUUCUGUGAAGUUGACAGUAACCCAAACUCCACCAUUGUAUUUGGAAGAUCGGACAGGCUACUGAACAACACUACUCUAAAAAAGAACGACGGGUUUCUUCAUUUGGCAUUUGAUGUUCAACAAGCUGGCUGUCUUGAUACAGCAAGCUACUAUUGUUUUGGGUAUAACAACUACACAGAGAUUGAGACGGCACCAAGGAAACAAAUGGACGUGUAUGUUCGAUGUUCACCAAGAGCAUCAGGAGGUCAAUGGGAAAGCAACAUUACAGGGGCUGCUGGUGGCAAUGCAACGUUUUCCUUUGAUGUAGUGGCAUAUCCUGUUCCAAAUAAAGACGGAUAUGUAUGGCACAAAUGGAAUGGGACAACGUAUUCUCAACUUUACAACAGUGACAAAUAUACCGUCAACAAUGCCGGUGUUUCUACAACAUUCACCAUCAAUGCUAUUGAGCAAGAAGAUUUUUCAACCUAUCUGCUAACGGUGUCCAAUGGAAUAAUUCCAGACUUCAACAAAUUAUUCAACUUAAGAUCUCAAGAUGUCCCUCAGUGUCCAACCGAUGUAACAAUUAGUGCAACGACAUCGUCUUCAGCUAUAGUGGAGUGGAACAGUCAAUUCAAUGGUGGACUUCAGCAAACAUUUGUUAUUUUGUACAAAGCGAUUGAAAGUUCAGAUUACUUGGUUCUUACAGAAGAUGAGAUCGAGAGACAGAAGACACAUUACGAAGUAACAAUAACGGGAUUAAAAGACGGAUCGACUUAUGAUGUCAUUAUGUUCUCAAGAAACGAAAAAGGAAAUUGUAAACAAAAUAAUUCACUCCAAUUCGACACAGAACUUCUUGUUGAUGACCCGCCGCUAUCAAAUACAGCAUUGAUCGGAGGUUUGGCUGGUGGUAUUUCUGCAGUUUGCGUUGCAUUCUUCGUCGUCGUUGUUGUUCUCUUCUUACGGAAAAGAAUGUCUUAUAAAAAAGGUGAAUCUCGCCAGGCACUUACCAAGGGCCAAAAACUGCGGACUUUAAAUGCUGUCGAAGAAGAUGCAGAUGAUCUCCCUGAUGAGGUUGAAAAUCCAAUGUAUGAAAGCUCACAACCUGCAGCAAUGAAGCAGGACUCUCCUGAUGUCCUUUAUGCGUUGCCCAAGAAGAACGAUGGCGAUAUAUACGCUGUAGUAGACAAAGCAAACAAACGACCAACUAAAUCCCAAGGCACCAAGAAGCAAAAAAAUGAUGCACACGACAAUGCCGGGUUCGAUAUUUACGAAAAUAAUCAAUCUCCUCAACAUCCAGCCAAGAAAAACGUCAAUCAUGACGGUCUUGUCUAUGCUGAUAUCGUAUUCGCUAAUCCUCCGAAAGGUCAAAAGAGAUUGGUUAUCCAUGGAAUUGACGACAUGACUGUGUAUGCUGAUGUUGAUCUGACUAAGAAGGUUGAUCCUUUUCCUGAUAGCGACGAAGAAGAUGGUGGUAAAAAAAAACCCAAUACAAAAUAAAAGCACUGUACUACUACGACGCUUAUAUACGAUAUACUUUAUAAUAAUAUUUUACUUUUCUUUUGUAUAUUAUAUUAUUAAUGAAGUGCUUGAAUGUUUGUUUUGAAAUACGUAUAUGACACUAAAACAAUGCCAUAUACUGCUAACAGCUCUAUAGUGUCUUUUCGUGGUGUACUAUCCAGUAAUGGAGUGGCAAUUAGCUUUGCGGUAGCCUUUUAAAGGCCACAACAAUGACAAAAUAAGAAUAUUCAUCCGUUAUUUAUGUGCCAGAUCCUAAUGGUACAGAUUUGGCCAAACACUUUGGUAUACAGUCGAAACUUGUUGGCUCUAUAUCGUUUGGCUAGAUUUACUCGUUGGCUCGAAGUGGAUGUAAAGAACCGAAUUUUAUUUACUACAUGUAAUUAUUCUCGCUUGGCCCAUUUUUUGCAAGGCUCGAAGUAUCUUGGCCGGUCCCUGGGAUGUCGAGCCAACGGGUCUCGACUGUAUAACAUUUUUGUUUGACAAAUCAACUUUGAUGCCAGAAAGUCUCCUGAAUAAUACCGUACUGAAAAGUGUGCAUAUUACUGAUUAUGUUUUUACUACAUAUGUUAAUGGUACUUUAUGGAAAUUAUUCACACAAGUCUGUACAACGACAAACAAGAACAUUUACAAUUGUACAUACAUUAUAUAUAUAUCCUCUGUUAAAUAUUCAAAUAAGUUUGUUCUUUAACGGACAUGUACAUGUUUGCUAUUAAUGUGUUGAUGUCGAGAUUAUUAUAAUACAUAGACUACUAAACAUGGUGUUGAACCCACUUGCCGCUUUUUUCACAUGUCUAUUAUAUACUAACCAAAAGAUGGUAUGGAUUGAACAUCUCAGUUUUCUUAACACUAUACCUAUACAGCUUAUAUUGUUUGGAGACAAAUCUUACACCUUUAGUAUCAUCAAGCAUUUCUUCCAUCAAGUACAAACAUUUAUCGCCAACAUCAAACAUACUCACCGUCUCUAACUCGGCUUAUUUACUUCUCCUUUCCUUCAAUCUCUAUUUCCGUUUUAGUCCUUCACUCCUGUUAUGUCUUCCGCACUACACAAUGUCAAACUUUGUAUUUUAUGCAAACAGAAAUACAUGUUUAUUAAAAUAUUUUAGCGUCUCGGCUACGCCAUCCGCUGUAACAAUAUCAAUGUUUGUUCAUUCUAUCCUAGUGUACUAUUGUGAAUAAUGAAUCAAAUAUGACAAUAUGUCAACUCUGGUAUUUCACACCACAUGUCAACUAUUCUAAUGAUAUAUUGAAGAGAGACUUAGAUAAAGCAUUUAUGCUUAAUUCUCAAUCCUGUAAAUGUGUAACUAAAUUUCUAGAAGAACUAAUUCUUGAUAUUUCCUACUUACACAUAUAGAUAUUAAGUAUCAUGACUUCUUUGUGAUUAUCUGUCUUCUUGCUAUUAUGUGUGUUUUUCAACGUAUUAUAUAACCAGAAUAAAGCUUAACCAGA